UACCCUUCGGAUAUUCUCUCUCUUUCAUCACAUACAUACAGUUAUAUCAACCCUCCCUCUCCCACACUCGUCUCUCCCCUCUCAUUGUUCUAGAGAAAAUUCUCAGAUUUUCUUUCUUUUUUUCUUUCUCGACAAUGAAAUUCGGAAAGAGUCUCAGCAACCAGAUCGAGGAGACUUUGCCUGAAUGGAGAGACAAGUUCUUGUCGUACAAAGAGCUGAAGAAGAGGCUGAAGCUGAUCGAACCAAAGGACGCUGAUGUUAGGGCUAGUAAGCGGCCGAGAUUGGCCAAGGCCGCCGGUUUCGGGGAGUGUUCGGAAGGACGAGAGAAGGUGGAGAUGACGGAGGAGGAAACUGAGUUCAUCAGGUUGUUGGAGGACGAGCUCGAGAAAUUUAACUCCUUCUUUGUUGAAAAAGAGGAAGAGUAUAUCAUCACAUUAAAGGAGUUGCAAGAUAGAGUGGCAAAGGCCAUGGAUUCUACUGAGGAGAUGAUAAAGAUUAGGAAAGAGAUUGUGGACUUCCAUGGAGAGAUGGUCUUGUUGGAGAACUAUAGUGCUCUUAACUAUACAGGACUGGUAAAAAUUUUGAAAAAGUAUGACAAAAGAACUGGUGCUUUGCUUCGCUUACCCUUCAUUCAAAAGGUCUUACAACAGCCUUUCUUCACCACCGACUUGCUUUACAAGCUGGUGAAGGAGUGUGAGAUAAUGCUGGACCGCCUCUUCCCUGUGAAUGAACUCCCAGCUUCCACCGAGGUUGCCAAUGGGGAUGAACCCUCGACUUCUGUCACAAACAAGGAUGAUGGUCAGCUCAAGGGCUCCAGGGAACUCGCAGAGAUUGAGUUAAUGGAGAGCUUACAUAUGAAGAGCACUAUAUCAGCAUUGCGGGCUUUAAAAGAAAUUCGAAGUGGAAGCUCAACAGUUAGCGUUUUUUCAUUGCCACCGCUCCAAAUUAGUGGACUGGAGGAGACUUGGAACAAAAUUCCUGUUCUGGAACAGGUUGCUAAGAAGUCAGACAAUAAGGAGGGGAGCAGGCCAUGUAUUGUUCCUCUUCUGUAUUAAUUUUUUUUUCUUUUUUCGUAGUUUUGAGUCAUGCAUCUACUAUACAUGUAUUAGAUACGAACGCUGAUGUAAAAUGCUCCAAUUUUAUCCUGUAAACUUCCCAAAAUGAAAUCAUAGAUUAUUGUAUAAUCUGUUGGAACAAUUGGCAAAUGGAGUUGUUUAUUGUGCAAGAGCAGACAGUCAAUAUGUCUCUGAUCUUAAUGUGUAGUUGGAACAUGUCUAGGUAAAUUUCUCAACUUUGGACCAUUUUGUUUUCUGUAUGAGUUAAGCCUCUUAGUGUAGUCCUCAUCCAAUGGGUAGGCCGGCAGCCUA